AUGACCAAGAUGACCAAGGUCUCCAGGUUGUAUUGGGAGGCUACGUGCCGGCCCCCGACCAAAAUACCGCCCUCGCAAAUUUCCGACACGCCCAGAUCGACCGUCCAAACCCUAUCUUUGACGGGAGACGAUCUCGAGCGUGUCAAGAAGCUGCUGGAUCCCGCUCCAGCGCCGCUCCCCGAACCGAUCCCGAACAAGGAAUACACGGCCCGCUUGGUGCAUCCGUUGAGUUGGAAGCUCACGUACAGCAAGGAAGCAGAAGCACAAAUCCAAGGCCAAGAGAAACCCGCUCCCGAAUCCCUCCCGCAUCCGCUUGCACUUCACCAAGCCGACGUCCCUCGCAACACGAUAGGCACCCCGCGCCUUGAUCCCAUCUUCGCGAGGCAACCUGCAAGACGUCCUCAAGGAACCCCAAUCAAGAAUCGAGUCCGCUCAAAGCUUUCGAGCGCUGUCAAAGACGACGAGGCGCUUAACCCCCACGGCAAAUCGGACGUCAUAUGGCGAGAGACUAGAAUUCAGCUUGACGUUGUCGAUAGAGCCCACGACAAGCUCAAGAAGUCGUAUGUGGACUUUGAACACGCCAUCAAGUCUGCGGAGGAUAAGAAGAAGUGA